UCGCACCACGGCCGACGAAACGACGGCGACGACGACGACGACAGAACCCCUACUGCCGUUACCACUACAACCGCUGCUACCACCACAUCGGCGGUCCACAACGACGGUAACUUUGGUCGCUCCUGCCGACGCGUUACAUCACGCGUGACGUUGCACCCAGCAGCGCGCACGUUAGCGCGCGGCGACGUGUAUACGCACGCUUCUCUUUUCCCUUUCCUCACGCACGUCUCACGCUCACGCGGCGUGCGCUGAAAGACAGAGGAACAUUGGCGGAAGAGGAGCGGAUUGAAGGAGAGGGGUUUACCAGGGAGGGAGGAACGAGAGGUGGAAGGAGGAAAUCGGAAAGAGACACGGAAGGGAAACUAGAGCUAUAGGGGUGGAAGGGGUAGAAGAGUGAGCAAGAAAGAGGAAGAGGAGGAGGUACGGGAGGACGACGACGAGGGCGACAACGGCGACGACGACGAGGAGAACGGAGGAGCGCCGGCGGUGGAGGGGGUGGACAUCCACGCGGGAACACGAGGCAGGCGCACCCGGCCGGCACGCGCACACACAUCCUAAGAUGUGAUUUCAAAAAUGGCGGAUUGCCCCUAUGCCCGCUGCAUACAGGAACGCAGACACAUCCGACGGGAGCUGCUGCGAUGGACAAAGAAUAUGGUCUUCGUAGUUGGUCUGGAACGGGUAGCGGAGGAGUUGAUGGGCCGUAGGAGAUGGAAGCAAUACCAGGACACCCUGUACAGCGGCACCCGCAGCAGCGAAUCACAGCCCCACCAUCGGCUUUACCCGGCGUUGUCGUCGUCCUGCAACCCGAUACCCGGGAGUCUGGACCAGAUUGGGUCGCAGCUGCAUCACCCGGCACCCACGUCGUUGUCGUCGACGGUGCUGACGACGGCGACGACCACGACGACAACGACGACGACGACGCUUGCGACCAGCGUGGUGAAACAGGAGAGUUUGCAGAGGCAUCAUCUGCAGAACCACCAUCAUCUACCCGCGCCGGUUCAGGACCAUUUACAGCAACAACAGCAGGAGGAUUCGCGCCGUCUAAGGCCGGGCGAAGUCAAGAUCGAGGCCGUCGACGAGGAGCUUACAGACGGUGCCGCGCGGGAGGAUACCUCGACGAGGACGACGGAUACGGCGACGUCGACGACGGUGACGACGACGGCGGAAGUAGCGACAACGACGGCAACAGCGACGACCAUCGGCAUCGCAACGACCACGUCGACAACGACAACAGCGACCGGCACGACGACGAUAGCGACGAGACGGCGACGCGGACGCCGGCAAAACGACGGGGAGGACGUCGACGGGGAGGAGGACGGCGAAGAGAACGACGAGGAAACGGGACGAGGUCAGAACGAAGCGGAGAAACGGCUCAAGCUCGACGAGGACGCCGACAGGUCGGCGGUCAGCCCUCUCAGAACGGAGAACGAUCGUGCGACUCGGGAUCAUCCGACUGCCAACGCUACCGACACGGAAGGGACCAAGGAACGAACGGAGGAAAUCGCGUUGGAGCGGGCACCGGUAACGCAGGGCUUACUGAGGGUAAAGAAAGAGGAAGAGCUGCAAGAAGUACCGGGUUCUGGCGGUACCACGAUACUGACAACACCGGCGACGGAUUCGGAAGGGACCAGGUCGGGGCUGUUAUGCCGCGACGGGAACGCAGCCGCGACGAGCGUCGCGACGCCGUUUCUCCUUGGAAGACGCACGAGCCCGCCGCCGGAGGAUUGGAAGCCGCUCGACAAGUGUUACUUCUGCCUCGACGGCAAGCUACCCCACGACGACCAGCCGCCCCUUAGUCCGCAGAGCGACAGUAGCAGCAGCUCGCGAUCGGCGGAGUCACCGAUGUCGGUCCAGGUGGACCCGAUGGCGGCGUCCGUGGUCGCCGCCGCUCUCAGCGGCACUUACCCCACCUUGCUGCCCCAAUGGUGCUUACCGCCGAGGGAGGCGCCCCUUGUUGGGGUGCAGACCCAUCAGGACAGCGCCGCGGCGGCCGAUCAACCGCUCGAUCUCUCGGCGAAACCCAGAAAUUCUCAGGACAACAACAUAUCUCUAUUGGAGCAACAGAAAAUACCUCUGAGAAUGCCGACAGGCAUCGAUCCCAAGACUAUCCUGAACUCGUGUUACCGCGCGAAACCGCGAAUGACCGGACCGGUUGUGACCGCGGCGGCAGCGGCGGCGGCAGGCGUCGGUGGUGUUCCAGUGGUGGGUGCCGGGGGCGGCAGGAGGACUUACACCGAGGAGGAACUGCAGGCCGCCCUCAGGGACAUCCAAAGCGGCAAGCUCGGCACGCGGAGGGCAGCGGUAAUCUACGGGAUACCGCGUAGUACUCUGCGCAACAAGGUCUACAAGCUCGCGAUGGAACGCGAAAGGGAUGCGUCCCUGACUAGCACCCAUUCACACCCUCACGAGCCCGGCGCCCCAGCCACCACCACCACCACCAUCACCACCACCACCACCACCACUACUACUACUACUACAACACCACCAAAUACGACCCAAAACGCCUCCGCGACCACUCCGCCCCCGCAAGUGGACGAGGUGGACGACAAAGAAUUAUCCGGUGCAGAAGAGGAGAAGGAAGUCGAGAAGGCCCUGUUGAAGCCUCUGCUGUCGUUGGAGGAUCUCGUGAGGUUUUCUACACUCGAAGGAACUGGUGGUGAUUCCCUCAGAAACUUGUUGCAACGAGGACAUGAGACAGGAGCCGAAUGGCCGGGAUUGGAACACGCGAACAUCGGUCCCUAUAUUCAAAAGAUGUUGGCUGCCGCUGCACCAUUAGGCAUGGACACGCGAGAUUAUCGCAUACCCGAAGUAAUGAGGAAGCUGAUGAGCGAGGACAAGAGGCUGAACAAGAACGUGAACGGUGAUCAGUCACAGUCGCAUCACCAUCAGCACCAUCCUCUCGGUGCACAUCAGCAGUCACAGUCGCAGCAGCAGCGAGGGCCCAUGACGAACGACGACUUUAAUCCCAACAUCGAGGAAGAAGCCAGCGACAGCGCUCAGGGCAGAGCGAUAUUGAAAAUUCCGUCCUACAAGCCCGCCAGUACGCCGGGCUGUUCCAGCAAGAAUGGCGAGCCGACAUCCGCCGCAUUCGCCCAGAGCUUCGCGGCUGCCGCCUCGAGUCCGGGCCUUCUGGAACGAGCUAGUCCAGCGUUUUCCACUACCAGCAGCCCCACGAAUUCGCUGGUAGGCAAAGCGGUGGCCGUCAAUUUCCGCGACGUCAUCGCCAAGAGCAUCAGCGUCAAGUUCCAAGAGGGUCAAACGCCUAGCGCGGCUGGCAUACCAGCCGGUGUGGUUCCAUCGCAGCAGGCCAUGAUAACAGAUCCGAGUCCGUUCAAGAGGGGUCGGUAUACACCUCCACAGCCGCCACAACAGCAGUCGCCGGCGCAGCAAUCGCAAUCGAAGCAGCAGACGCAAGAGGCGAACAAAUCGAAACCGGGUACUGGCGGCAAGGGCACCAGACCUAAACGCGGAAAAUACAGAAACUACGACAGGGAUAGCCUUGUCGAGGCGGUACGCGCAGUUCAGCGCGGCGAGAUGAGCGUGCAUCGUGCUGGCAGCUUUUACGGAGUUCCGCACUCCACCCUUGAGUACAAAGUCAAGGAGCGGCAUCUCAUGAGGCCGCGCAAGAGGGACCAGAAGCAACCGGACGAUAAGUCGAAGGAGACUGCGACGACGGCAGCGGCGGCAGCAGCGGCCGCGGCGAUGCGGCCGGGCACUGCUGGCGUUGACAAGAAGCCGCAGCUGAAGCCGCAGAAACCGUUCACACCGCCCGGCGGUAUACCCGGUCCGAAUGGACUGAAAAUGCCUCCGUUCAUGGAGGGCAUGCCCCACCUGCCAUUCGGACCCUUCAACUUCUGGAACCCGACGCCCUUCAUGCCCUCCCCCUUUAUGGGUGGCGCGCCGAACGUGCCGAUCCUUCCGGAACAAUAUUUCGCAUCGCAGAGAAUGCGCGGGCUGCAGGAGCAACAACGAAACGCCACGAUGGUACAGCAGCAGCAUCAGCAACGAGACCGAGAUGGAGUUGGCGUAUCCGGAACGGCAGACGCGGCCGGAACUUCGAAUUCUCGAAGCGCUUCGAUUGCGAAGGCGCCGCGCGACAUGGUGGAGAGCAUUUACGAUGGGCCCGGGGCGAACGGCAGUUUCCUGGACAAUCUGAUCAGGUCGAGCCUUGAGACAGGCAUUCCAAGGGACCAGCGGGCGAUAGGGGAGGCGAGAAACCAGCAACAGCAGUCGUCAUCGCAACACCCGGAGACGAUGAGUAGCAAGACCCUGAUCGAUCAGCUAUGCAGAAACUCGAGGAGGACCCCGCUGCCGCGGAUGGCGCAAGACAGUAGCGAGGACGAAAGUUAUCGAGGACCAACGGGCAGGAUGGUGCCAGAGAGACCGGAGCGCGUGCCCACGGUUGACCUUAGCCCUUCACCGUCGGAGAGAGGUCGCACGGAGGACGGCAGCGAUCGGCUGACGUCACCACCGACACCUCUGUCGAUUUCCCGAGCGGGUAGCAGGGACGAGGACAGCACCCGUGACUCGAGGAUCGAUCGCAGCAGCAGAGAGCGCGAGGUUCAUAACGGCGGCCAGGAGGAUCGCGACCGGAAGCAACCUCUGAACCUGCAACAGCAACAGCAGCAGCAACCACAGCUGAAUCACUACCCGGACUUACACAACCUCUACGCCGCGUCAACUGACAAAAAAAGUGCCUGUGAUAGUAAGCUUAUAGUAGAUCAUUCGAGCCAGAAGACUCAGCCGCAGCAACAACAAAAGGAAUAUGCUGCCGUGAGCGGGCUGGUCGUGCAACUGCAGAGGGGCUACAACACCGCGAGCAGCAGAUCCGGCGAGCCGACUAACAGCCAGCAGCCGGCGGCAGCGGCGGAGCAGCGCGGCACCGCGCUCAGCAUGGAGGACUCCGUAGAGUAGACGAAAUUAAUAUAGCAGGCAGAUCGUUGGACCAAGACGAAAUUGACAGAGACGAAAGUCGGAGUAGGAAGGAUCGGAGGCCAGACGAACGCGAGAAAACGGCGACAAAAAGAAAAAUAAAAUGGUACUGUAGUGCGGGCCAGGAUUUCCUAUUUUUCUCGCAUAGUCAAGCGUAGUUGCGGGAAAAUGACGCGAAUAAAUACAGAAAAGAGGAGGAUAGAGCAGCAGAAACGAAAAAGGAUGAUCCACACGUACUCAUCUCAUGACUCUCUUUAAAAGUAACGACUGAAAGACUCUAGGCUGUACAUAAAAUAUAAGGCAUGUAUGUUCGGUGUUUUAAAAAUGCAAAAAUUCCUUAUUAAUGCAAAAAAAAUUAUACCUACGAAAAAAGUAAACCAUAUAGGCAAGGCUACUCUCUCGGUGUUUUUUGGAACUAAACUUAAAAUUUACCCUAUUUAAAGCAAAAAACCGUGAAUAAUGUAACUUUAAAGAAAGCGCGCGUAAACGCGGAAACAAGUUAUUGAGUGUAAACGUUAAGGUCUCCUUAGGGUUAAAAAAAAACAAGCUGAACAG